AUGGCGGCCAUCUCGGACGAUGAUAUUAUUCGGAGGCGGUUACUCAUUGAUGGUGAAGGAGGCAAUGGCGACAAGAGACUGAACAACCUCCUCAAAACCUUUAUUCGAUGGUCUGCACCCAAGGAGGAUGAUGAUAAUACUGCAGCGAUGUACCAGCGCAUGCAGGCCAUGAUUGGUCAGUGUGAAUACACGAUUGAGAAAACUGUGAACACGUACGAGAUGAAUAAAAUUGAGCAGGAGAAUUACGAGAAACUGAGCAAGGACAUCGAAAACAAAAUCGAAGAAGCUACGGCAAGGAUUGCAGAGGUCAAGUCUGAGCUGCUGCUGGCAAAGUGUAUUAGGAAAAACAGACAAGAGUAUGACAACCUGGCCAAGAUAAUACAGCAGCAGCCGGACAGACAGGAGACCACAAAGCAACUUCAGGCUUUGGACAAGGAGCUGUCCAAUCUGGCAGUGACCAAGCAACAACUGGAAGAAAAGCUGGAGCUCGGGAGAAAACAAUUCAUGGUGCUGAUCAAAUCCAUCCACGAGCUUCAGCGCAUUCUAGAAGCUGAUGAGCAGAAGGAGAAUGAGAACACUAAGGAUGAGGAGAUGAACUCUACGGCCAGUUAG